UUGAACAAGAUCAUUAUAAAUCAUGGCAAAAGGAAAAUAACAGGGGCUCUUGUUCUGAUGUUGUAGGACUAGGAGAAGGAGGAAGAAGAGUUGAAGCCACGACUGCAUCUUCUCUUCUCCAUCUACAUUAAUCCCACCAGCCAUAUAUAGUUACUUAACUUUACCAUUCAGCUUUCUUUUUGCUCACUGUCUUACUGAAAACAACUCAAUUUACUGCAUACGGAACAAUGCUGCAUUUAUAGGCGUUAGGCAUCUUCCCCUGCACUGAAACGAGUGCAUCAGUUUGUCUCAAAAAUCAACACAGUGGUGAAGAUGUUCCACAGCACCUGCAUUGUCCUUACUUGCCUUGCCAUCUCAUUCUUGCCCUUUGGUUCAGCAUUCCACAACCUUACUCUUCCAGGUCAACACCCCAACCCUGAAGCUGUUGUUGAAGAUAUCCACAGAAAAGUAAAUGUUUCAAUUUCAAGAAGACAAAUGCUGUCGUACGAGUCCAACGACCAGUCCUCUUGCAUAACCGGCAAUCCAAUCGACGACUGCUGGCGCUGCGACACCAAUUGGCAGCUCGACCGCCAGCGCCUAGCCGACUGCGCCAUCGGCUUCGGACAGUACGCCCUCGGGGGCAAGGGGGGCCGUUACUACGUGGUCACCGACUCCUCUGACCACGACCCGGUGAACCCUGCCCCAGGCACCCUCCGCUACGCCGUUAUCCAAACGGAGCCCCUCUGGAUAGUGUUCGCCGCCAACAUGGUCAUCAGUCUAUCCGAAGAGUUAAUAUUCAACUCCUACAAAACCUUGGACGGCCGGGGGGCUAACGUCCACAUAACGGGGGGAGGGUGCAUAACGCUGCAAUACAUCACUAACAUAAUAAUCCACAACAUUCACGUACAUCACUGCUACCAGGCGGGGGAGACAAACAUACGGUCGAGCCCCACGCACUACGGGUGGCGGACAUUAUCGGACGGUGAUGGGAUAUCCAUAUUCGGAGCGAGGGAUAUCUGGAUUGAUCAUUGCUCUUUAUCACACUGUAAAGACGGGCUGAUUGAUGCGGUGAUGGGGUCCACGGGGAUUACCAUCUCGAACAACCAUUUCUCGCACCACAACGAGGUAAUGCUGCUGGGGCACAGCGACGAUUAUUUGCCGGAUUCGGGGAUGCAGGUCACCAUUGCAUUCAAUCACUUCGGUCAAAAGUUGAUUCAGAGGAUGCCCAGGUGCCGGAGAGGGUAUAUUCAUGUGGUCAACAAUGAUUUUACACGGUGGGAGAUGUACGCCAUUGGGGGAAGCGGUAAUCCCACCAUCAAUAGCCAAGGAAACCGUUACACCGCCCCUUCCGACCGCAAUGCUAAGGAGGUGACGAAGCGCGUGGAGACAGGAGAGGAUGCAUGGAAAGGCUGGAAUUGGAGGAGUGAUGGGGACAUUAUGGUAAAUGGAGCCUACUUUGUAACCUCUGGCGAGGGCGUUGAGGUCAAAUACGAGAAGGCAUACAGCGUGGAGCCCAAGUCUGCUGCAUUUAUUGACCAGCUCACCAUGAAUGCCGGGGUUUGGGGCUCCAGGGGUAGUCGGAUGGGCCGGUGGACUGCGGGUAACGGAACUGGUGGGAGUGAUCUGGGCGGAGACUCCGAUGACUACGAUGACUACGAUGACGACUCCGGCAGCUGCAAAUCCCCCUCCCUUCCCACCUUAUUAGCCUUUCUCCUGGCUCUGUCAACAUUGUUGUUUUUUGAGUCAUAACUAGUUUUUUUUUUUUUUUUUUUGGGUUGAAGUUUUAACCAUUGACGUCCAUGUUGUUUCCGCAAGGAACCUAACGACAAAAAGACUUAAAAAAAAAAAAGCAAUUUGAAUUUCUUGAUGCAAUUUGAAUCAUUAACGGCA